AUGUUUGUUCUUCUGAAACCGUUUACUGCCGUGAGGGCAACUCUAGGCAGGCCAGCCGUGACAAGGGCUGCUGUAUUCUACAGCACCGAAGGUUUAAACCUUGAUGUUGACCAAACUGCCCUUCACCUGAAAAUUCAGGAUGCAUUCACAAAGGUCGCGAGUGAUACCCUCACAGAGGUUCAAGGAAGAGUGAUUCCUGAGAUGCUUACUACCAGCAAUGGUGUAUUAGUGAGAGCCAAAACCGGAACUGGUAAGACCUACGCAUUUGGCCUCCCUGUGAUGAACGAGUGGUUGAGUGACAGAAGUUUUGGAAAGCAGGAGAGCGUUCACACCGUGGUGAUCAACCCCACUAGAGACCUUGCUUUCCAAACACAAAGGGCUUUGGAUAAAGUCUGGAAGGAUGCUGCCCCUAGGAACAAUCGCCGAGGUAUCGAUUUGUGUGUUGGUCAGAUGAAGUAUGAUCAGAUUAGGCGGGGAGUCAAUGGAAGAUUCAAAUCUGCGGCUUUAGUGGCUACUCCAGGAAGGCUGUUAGAUAUGCUGGAGUCGGACCAAUAUUUUGCAAAAUCGUUCAAAGAUCUGAGACACUUUGUUAUUGAUGAGGCCGACGUGCUCUGCGCUCAGGAUUUCAAGGAAGCUCUUUUGGCUGUUGUUAGCCGGAUCAAAGAAAAUCAUCAAGAUCCUAGCUUGCUGAAAGUGACCAUGUUUUCUGCCACCAUGGACUCGAACACUAAGGAACUUGCUCGCAAACUGAUGGGCGAAAAUUAUAAGUUCAUUGACGUGAGUUCUGGGCCAGAAGUGACGGACACUGUUGAUCAGUCUCUAGUGACCACAAAUAGCCUUUUUGAGAGUUUUGCCGUUGCCUUGAGAUUGGUGAUCGAAAAACUAAAUGCUGACAAUGCUAAGGUGAUUGUGUUCAUGCCUAACAUCAAGACCACGGAUUUCUUUUACUGUCUGGCUAAAGAGGUUAUCGACGAAUUUUACGGAAGAAAAGCUGAAGUCUACACCCUGCAUGGAGACUUGAGUCAGAGUGCUCGCAACAGAAACCAGGUCAGAUUCAGAAGUGCUAGAAAGGCAGUUUUGGUUUCGUCGAACGUCGGUGCUAGAGGUAUGGAUUUCCCAGGAGUCAACAGUGUGAUUCAGUUAGGAGUGCAACAAGAAACGGCUUCCCAUACUCACAGGGUGGGUAGAACAGGAAGAGCCGGAACUACAGGAGAGUCUAUCUCCAUCUUGACCGAGCACGAAAUGUUUUAUGCUGAGAGAUUAAAGAAAGAAGGUCAUGACUUUGAGGUUUUAGAGAAACCUGAGGUCGCUCCUGAGUUUGAGCAGCAAAUGAGGAUUGUUCUGAAAAACAUUCCAUGUGAUAUUAAUCAGAUGGUCACGUCGCUUUUGGGAUCUUAUGCUUCUGUGCCUCGGAUUGAGAGAGAUGGUAAUCCAAAAAGUCUUGCUCUUGAUUGCGGAGACCUUUAUCAAAAGUUUAUGGGAGAGGGUAAUCUGCCUUCUGUCAAGGCAGUUGAUCUUGACAGAUUUAGAAUCUCAUCUUAUGAGGCCGAAGGAGUGUUUAACGUGAGGGGCAGUUUGAAAGGAGGAUUCAGCUCCGGAGGAUACAACAACAGAGGAUAUAGGAAUUUCGGAGACAGAACUGACCGAUCAUACAAAUCAAGAAGAUCUGGUAAUGGGUACGGAGGUAACUUUGAAAGAAGGGAUUUCGGAAAUCGCCGCUGGGACAGGAACAAUAAGUUUUAA